AGAACAAGAAAAAAAUUUGAGAAGUGAAAAAGUGAUGAUGAAAGAAAAUUUUUAUUUAAAAAGAAAUUAAAUAAAAUAAAUAAAAAAGAAAGAAAUUUAGCUAUAUAAUAAAUGAAAUUAAGAAAUUUAUAAUUCAUUAAGUGUAAAGAAAAAUAGAAAAUAUAAAAAAUAAGUGAAUGUUGUAGAAAAAUCCGUAAAAAAAUUUUAAUUUUUGCUUUGCCCACUAGAAAGAAUAUAAAAUUAAGAAAAACAAAGAGGAUUAUAAGAUAAAUACAAAAAACCACCAACAAAAAAUAUAAUUUAUAGAGAUAUAAAAGAUGUCAACAGGAAGACCCAUCAAAUGUGUUGUCGUUGGCGAUGGUACUGUCGGCAAGACAUGCAUGUUAAUAUCAUAUACCACAGAUAGUUUUCCCGGUGAAUAUGUGCCUACAGUUUUCGAUAACUAUUCAGCACCCAUGCAAGUAGACACAAUACAAGUAUCACUGGGUCUAUGGGAUACAGCCGGGCAAGAGGAUUACGAUAGAUUACGGCCACUUUCAUAUCCACAAACGGAUGUAUUUCUGAUAUGUUUUUCAGUGGCGAGUCCAUCAUCGUUUGAAAAUGUCACCUCAAAAUGGUAUCCCGAAAUAAAACAUCACUGCCCCGAUGCGCCCAUUAUAUUAGUUGGUACGAAAAUUGAUUUACGUGAAGAUCGUGAAACGCUUAGUGCUUUGUCUGAGCAGGGCUUAGCGCCUUUGAAACGUGAACAAGGACAAAAAUUAGCAAAUAAAAUACGUGCUGUUAAAUAUAUGGAAUGUUCAGCUCUAACACAACGAGGCCUAAAACAGGUAUUCGAAGAGGCUGUGCGUGCCGUUUUAAGACCUGAGCCCCAAAAACGACGUCAACGAAAGUGUAUAGUUAUGUAAAAAUAUAUUCUUAAUGUUUAUAUUAACAAAUCUCCUACUUUAUUUCUCCAAACUCCUCUCGAAAACAAUCUCCGCUACAUCGAUUCUUUGCCCUCUUAACCCUGUCCAAACAAAUUUUGGUUGUAUUUUGGUUUGUGUCACCUGUGUAUGUAUGUCUUAUUUUAAUAUUCAUUCUUUUUAAACUAAAUUAAACAACUACUGGUAAAUACGUUGAGUAAACUUUACGCAAAUAAGAAUCCUUUUAAGUCCUAUAUUUAUAAACUACAUCUAAGUGAGAGAGAUACACAAAAUAAGAAAAACCACUAGUUUUUAUACCUUUUAAACCAAAUUGCUAA